AUGGCCGUUUCCGAGCUUCGACAAGAACUCAGCGGUGUGAGUGGGUCGAUCUCGUUGGCUUGCUGGCUCGUCGUCCUCCUUCCCCAAUUAUACGAGAAUUACCGUCUCCAUUCCGCAUCGGGCGUUUCGCUGACGUUCAUACUUGCUUGGUUGAUCGGUGAUGUGCUCUCCCUGGCCGGUGCGCUCACGGGGGGAUUACUUUCUACCGUCGUCGUGCUGAGCGCGUACUUUUGCGUCGCGGAUGGUGUUUUGAUCGCGCAGGUUGUUUAUUACAAUUAUCUCAACAAGGCAUCUGGAGAAGGACAUGCGAAGACGAGGAGGACGAGUAGUAUGAGUGUUGUCGCGGGCGCGCAGGACCACAUCGUCGGCGGGGGAGGAGACCGCGAGACGGCGCCUCUACUCCGCGGCCGCAGCACGUCUACUGCGUCAAAGCAUUCACUCCGCGAGCAAGCUCGUGCUCGACGGAGAAAAGCCAUCUUGCAGAAUAUCUCUGCAGUCAUCCUCGUCAUCGCUGCGGGAAUCCUCGGAUACCUCCUCACCUCCCACCACUCCCUCUCCUCGCCCGCCCCCACCGACCCCCAAAUUCCCGAAGCACCGAAACCCACGCCAUCUCUCCUCUCCUCCACCCUCGGCUACGCAUCCGCCCUAACCUACCUCCUCGCCCGCAUCCCCCAACUCCUCCAAAACCACCGACGUCGCGCAACAGACGGCCUCUCCAUCCUCUUUUUCGUGUUUAGUAUGUUGGGGAAUGUGUCAUUUGCCGCGAGUAUCAUGUUUGGGGAGGAAGAGUGGAGGGGGAGUGCGCCAUGGUUGGUGGGGAGUGUGGGGACGAUUGUGGAGGAUUUGGGGGUGUUUUGGCAGUUUUGGGCGUAUGGGAGGGGGGAGGAGGGGGAGGGUGAUGAUGAGGAGGCGGUUGUGUAA